UUUUCCUCACAGCAAAACCAAAGUACUUCAGUACUCUCCUAGCUUUCUUAAGUAAGUACACCAAAAAAAUAAGCAAUAUUCUAACUUUUUUGUAAGUACUUUUGUGUUGCAUCAAUGGAUAGGGUGAGCAGUAUUGUGUCAGAAAAUCCAGUGGUGAUCUUCAGCAAGAGUUCAUGUUGCAUGAGCCACAGCAUCAAGUCUCUCUUCUGCGAUUUCGGCGUAAACCCGGCAGUUUUCGAACUGGACGAGAUCCCGAGAGGCCGGGAAAUCGAGGCAGCUAUGUCGAGGCUUGGCUGCAACCCGACCGUCCCGGCGGUGUUUAUCGGCGGCCAAUUUGUUGGUGGAGCUAAUGAGGUCAUGAGUCUUCAUCUCAAGAGAAAAUUGAAGUCAAUGCUCAAAGAGGCUGGUGCUUUAUGGGUUUAAAAAUUUUUUGCACCUUUCUUUUCAAACUAUCCGGCACUAAUAAUAAUAAUAAUAAUUAAUUAAUGCAUUUCUGUUGCAUUAAUUUGAUGGUAGUAAGAAGUCGGAUUAGAGUGUAGUUUUAGAGUUGAGAGGGCAUGAAGUUUUCCUAACCAUACUAACUAGCAAUAAUGUGUGCUUGUUAAAUAAGCAACUUUUUUUGCUGAAGCUACUUAUGCUUUUGAUUAGUUAUAAUAAACUUCAUGUUUGAUUACUUAAAA